CUCCCCAGUGAAGGAAGUUGUGAUAUCUGGGAGGCGAAAGGAGACAAAUGGAACCAUGUGAGCUUGGAGCUUGUUGUCUUGUAAUCAGAGAAACUUCACAUUGCCCUUAGUGUGUAGCUGCUCUGUGUGCAAGCCAGUCCUGGACCCGGACAAACCCUUUUGAUGCCAUUGGUAACAUCUCCUGGGACUAUUUCUUUCUCUCUCAGUGAGACUUUUCUGGGCCAAGAAUGUAUCUAUCCUGCUGGGGCUCCUACCCGGUUUAGGACUCAUUGCUGCUAAAUAAUGAUGUGCCUUGUUUCAGAAACUGCUUCAGCCUCAUUUCUGAAAAAAAUGUGUAAACAGUAAUUGAAGUCCACAUUCAGCAUUUAAAACUUGAUAUGUAAAAUAGUGAACCUUAUUCUUCAAAUCAUGAAUCCCUUUGAGAGUGAUGAAAACUGUGGUCUCUCCCAGGAAAAAGCACGUACGUGAUCAUCUCAAGGGCUAGUGGACUGAUACCCCUGCAGACCCAGCUUCAGAACCCCAGGUUUAAAGGAACCCUGAAGUGAGCCCUUUGCAUCCUGAUGUCCUAUGACCAUGUAGAACUUACGUUCAGUGACAUGAGGAAUGUGCCAGAGGCCUUCAAAGGGACCAAGAAAGGCACCGUCUACCUUACCCCGUACCGGGUCAUCUUUCUGUCCAAGGGGAAGGAUGCCAUGCAGUCCUUCAUGAUGCCGUUUUAUCUGAUGAAGGACUGUGAGAUCAAGCAGCCUGUGUUUGGAGCAAACUACAUCAAGGGAACAGUGAAGGCUGAAGCAGGAGGUGGCUGGGAAGGCUCUGCGUCGUACAAGUUUACCUUUGUGGCAGGGGGCGCCAUCGAAUUUGGACAGCGGAUGCUACAGGUGGCAUCUCAAGCCUCCCGAGGUGAAGCCCCCAACGGAGCCUAUGGUUACUCUUACAUGCCCAGCGGGGCCUAUGUCUUCCCCCCACCAGUCGCCAAUGGAAUGUACCCCUGCCCUCCUGGCUACCCCUGUCCACUGCCCCCAGCUGAGUUCUAUCCGGGACCUCCCAUGAUGGACGGGGCCAUGGGGUACAUGCAGCCCCCGCCGCCGCCCUACCCUGGGCCCAUGGAGCCUCCAGUCAGCGGCCCCGAUGUCCCCUCCACUCCUGCAGCUGAAGCCAAGGCCGCCGAAGCAGCCGCCAGCGCCUAUUACAACCCAGGCAACCCACACAAUGUCUACAUGCCCACGAGCCAGCCUCCGCCGCCUCCUUACUACCCCCCAGAAGAUAAGAAGACCCAGUAGACCGCUCACACCCCCCUCCUCCCGCCAUUCUUUGCUCUCUCCUCCCCUCCCCUUGGGGCUGAGUCUGGGGUGGGGGGCGGGCCUCGUCCUUUCUCCAGGUCUGAUUAUAAAGCAGUCACCAGAAACUAGCCUGGCAGGGGGAGGGCCCCUUGACUUGGAUGAAUAUAAAGCAGGCGCCAGGACCUAGCCUUGAGGGGUGCGGGGAGCGGUGCCUCCCAGCUUCCCACGUGAGCCCAGAGCCCACAGCGCUUCCCUCUCAGCAUCCCCGGGGGGCAUCCCCCUCGUUCCUGUCCUGCUCUCAUAGCUUCUACCCACGGAGGGACUCUCUGGCCACCUCCUCCGCCGCAGUCCAGCUCUCUCGUUUUGUAGCCACUUUAUCCUCACGAGCUUUGCCCUCCCCAGGGACCCCUGCCAGGCCCUACUCACAUUCCAUCCACUCUGGUCUGUACCUGGCUGUGGAAGGCCACCUGUCUGCCGGACUGUCAGCCUACGUUCCAUUCCCAGCCAGCCUCAGCCCCCGUCACGCUCGCCUUCCCUUCCCUGUCCUUGGUCAUCCUGUUGCCACUGCUUUUGACUUUUGGAGCUUUCCCACGAGCCACCAGGGGGUGGGUGGCGUGAGGGCCAGGCUGCUGCAGCUGGGGAGGGAGCCCCUCUGCUUCCCUGCUAGUUUUUCUGGAAUUUGUUUCCCUUUGCCUUCUCUCUUUUCCCUCUAGAAGGGGCUUCUUGGACUGGAACUGCAGAAUGCAUGUCCACUUGGGGGCUGCCCGGAGGGCUGGGAACAGACCCCUGGGGCCUGGCCUGGGCGCUGACCAUGACCUCUCGCCAGCCCCUGGGGCCUGGCCUGGGCGCUGACCAUGACCUCUCGCCAGCCCCUUAGCCUUCCCUCUUCCCUUUAAGCUUCUUGCCUGGUUGGUGAUAUGCCCCCUGGAUGCACUAAAAUUUGCUCCCAUUUGCUCCUGGACUGGCUGUGAAGAGAGGAGAUGGUUAUUUAAAGAGAAUUCCCUAUUUAUUUGACAAAAAAAUUCAGUUAAUAUAUUAAUGUGAAAUAAACCCUGUUUGCACCUUGA